AUGGCGAUAAUUAUUGAUGAGAUCUGGAGGACAAGGAACCUGAUCCAAUUCCAAGAAGGUAAUGCCGACAUUCACAAGUCGAAGCAGAUUGUGCUUUCAAGAUUUGUAGAGCUAUCUAAGACCUUCUCUGUCUUGAUUACUACCCCUUCUGUGCAACCUAGUUCUGUGUGGAUCCCUCCCCCACAAGGCUGGAUCAAGCUCAACGUAGACGCCGCUCUGAACAACUCCAGAUCUGCUUUAGUUGUAGUUGCAAGGAGUUACUCCGGUGAGAUUCUGUUUAUUUGGGGCUCUAGUUAUCAUCUAUGUGCACCAUCUCAGGCAGAAGCAGCGGCCAUUUUGUGGGCAGUCCAACUUGCAAUACAAGAACAUUGGAAGUCUAUCAUUAUUGAAGGGGAUGCACAAGUGUGCUUCAAUUCUCUUUCAUCACCUGACUUCGCUCCUGACUGGAACAUUAGCACCUCUGUCGGGGCUCAGCUGCCUCCUCAAGAGAAGGAAGAGCUGUUGGAAUUCCUUAGAAGAAACAUUGAUGUGUUUGCAUGGGACGCUUAUGAGGCCCCGGGGGUGGACCCGAAUUUCAUUUGCCAUCAUUUGAACGUUAACCAAUCCAUCACUCCCAAGAAGCAACCUCCUUGGCGCCCAUCUAAAGAGCAUGCAGACACUGUCAAGGAAGAGGUGAUGAAGCUUAAAUAG